AUGCCCCGUUCAAGAUCUCCUACUCUUCGUUCUCAUUCGCCACCUGAUUAUGAUUCCCGUGAUUAUCGCGGUGGUGGCAGCGGUUAUGAUAAUGGUCACAAUAAUCGAGAUGAUCAAUUCAGAAUUCAUAUAGCCGAAUUAUCAAAAAGUUGUAGACAAAAAGAAAUUGAAAAAACAUUCGAAUCUUUUGGACCUAUAUUAGAAGUUUGGCAUGCACAAGCCUCCUGUUUUGCAUUUGUUGUUUAUAAAUAUAAAGAAGAUGCACAAAAAGCAGUUGAUGCCAUGGAUGGGAGAUCAUUUAAUGGAACACGAGUUAGAGUUACAUGGGCACGUCCACGUAUAAGAAAUCGUCCAAGAAGAUAUGAUCCAAGUAUGCGUUGUUAUAAAUGUGGUCAACGUGGACAUUUUAGUCGUGACUGUGACGGUGUAUCACAUAGUAGAAUCUCGUCAUCACGCCGAAAAGAUGAUGAUCGUGGAGGAAGAGAUGAUAGACGUCAACAUAAUCGAUCAUCGAGAUCACGUUCACCCAUACAACAACGUCGUAGUACUCAUCAGAGUAGUGGUAAUGGACAAAGACGAUAUAGUUCCGUGGAAAGACCGAGAAAUGCACAUGACAGUAGUAGAAGAUACAACAAUAAUAACAGGAGCUCCGAAACUACAGAAUUAAAUAGCAGAAUUUUCGAAAGUUUCAAAGAAGAGAAAAUCGAUGCAAAUCUCAAAGAUUGA